AUGGAUAACACUCCCCAACCUGAAACUCCUGCCAAGGAAAAUGAAUUCCGCAAAACAUCCGUUGACGAGAUAUCAAACGCAGUCGCUAGUUCUGAUAAUGUAAAUCACUUUUUCCGCUCUUGUACAUGGCCUCUACGUGUUCCUGUUCGCAGUUGUAAAGGGAGUCGUCUUGUUAAGCUAUUGAAUCUUCAACACCAGGAGGAAAACUUGUUGAUACUUUCCGACAAUGAUCACCAUCAGUCUCUUCUCUCACGAGCUACCCAAUUGGCCCUCCGACAUCUCGAUUUAGGCUCUUCUGCGCCCGACCAUUUAUCCAAAGUGCUAAAUAAACGAGCAGCGGUGGCAGCUUCAGCAAGGCCCUACACUCCCGUGUCCGGGAAUUCUCGGUUGACUAGUCCUCCACCCUCGGAACUUUCUAGCAUCUCAUCAGAUGAGCGUUCAGCAACGGUCCCGAGGAAUGGAAUCCUUUCCACCAGAUCUUCACAUCGUAAUGGGCAUCGAGCCGCUUCCUUCACCUUCCUUACCAGGGAUGCCUCGUCGAGGAAGUCGGAGAACGAUGAGAUUUCCACGGAAAGCGGCUACGUCGCCUCCUCCGCUACUCCCGGUGCAAGCAGCUCCGGUUCUUCCUCCUUCAAGCGCAAAUCCACCGCUACUCGUUACCAUCAGGUGCGAAUAAUUGAUAACAGACUAAAAAAGCCCGCCGAUGAGGCAGCUCUUCUUCAUGCGCGUCGCCGUACCUGUCCUUCGCACCGGUUCGUGCGAUCCUACACGAACGACGAGGAGGAUGGUAACGAAGAAGAGCCAGAUCAGGAAGAGGAACAGCUGCUAACCUCCCCCUCAGCAUCCGCCACUAGAGAUACCAUGGCAGCAUCAUCUGUGGCGGCUCCCACCUCCUCCAUCCUGGUAAUCAAUCCUCCUGCGGGGGGUAACAACGGUGCCCAAAAACAUGUCAUCCUUCUCACCGGCUCGUCGGAGCCUUCCCCCUCCCUGCCCAGCUCUGAAGCAAAUGAGUUGCGUGAUGUUGAAAGCCCUCCAAUCCCACCUGCACUUGUUGCAUUUAACGCGGCUGGGGUCCAUUUGCCGCCAGACACGCGACGUCACUCCAGCUUUGUUCCAACCUCAAUUAGUGCAGUGGUGUCGGGUAAACGUGGUGGCGGCGGGAAUGGGGCUCUGAAGCGAUGCAACACCGCCUCCUCAGUGUAUAGCGGCAAUGGUGGUGGUGGGGAGCAGACACCACCUACACCAGCAAAGUCGACACUAAAGCCUGCCUCGGUUCGGCGCCACCACGAGUAUGAGCAGCGACGACAGAGAGCUUCUCUGCCCUUCUCGUCCCACCCUCGAGCUCCUAAUAGCUCGCCCGGUGUUUCUAGGCAUGUCAUCUCUUCUGAUGAGGUGGAAACGGAUAAUGGUGGUGGCGGAGGCGUUGGCGGGAAUUCGAGUCGAUUCUCCACUCCGAUGGAGCCCAUCUGCGUGGUCAACCUUGCCACGCCUGUGAGCCAAAAUCUUUCACUUGACGCCUCGGAGCAGAGGUUGCAACAGCGUGUAAACCUCCUUGUGGAGGGUGUUCGCUUCGUCGUCGACGUCGAAACCCUGCGGGCUCAUCCCGACACCAUGUUGGGUCGCAUGUUCCAAUCUGGUUUCAGGGAAAACGCUGCCGCUGGCUUCUACAACGGCCCAGUCGUAUGUGGCAACUUCCAUUUACUCAGCGGCACCACAACCUGCGAAGACGACGACGACGAUGAUGUUGAUGAUGAUGAUAUGGAAGAGGAGGAGGCGGAAGUAAGUGGAACCAGUUCUGUAUGCAGUGGCGGUCGUACAGUAGACGUGGAGCAUUGGAUGGCCUCAGCGUCGACAUCGACAUCUCGUGGCGUGGGCGGUGGAGCCAUCUCAGGUGCCACUCACUCCGCCCCUGCCUCCUACCGAUCGCACCGCGGUAGUCUGUGUGGUGGCGGGAGCGGAGGCCUGGGGCGAUUGCGACACGGCCGACGGAGAAUGCGGCGACAUCAACGACAGCCCUCCGCGCAGUCCCACGCUACCAACGUCUCGACGGAUGUGUGCUUGAGUGGGGCGGGUGUAGCAGCAAAUGUCUUUCGGGUCAUUCUUGACUACUACCUUGUGGGUAAAAUGACCUGUCCGCCGGACGUCUCUGUGAGGCAGCUCAAGCAGGCCUGCGAGUACUUCCUCGUUCCCUUUAAUCAUGAAACUGUCUCCUGCUCAAACUUGCGUGAAUUUCUACACGAAGUCUCCAAUGACGGUGCGUACAUGAUAUUCGAGCAGUUUCUCGACGAGCAAAUCGUGCCUCAAUUCAUGAAGUGCGCGCACAUGGGCGAACGCGAGUGUCAUAUUGUCAUUCUAACGGAUGACGAGCAGGUCCAUUGGGAUGACGAAUAUCCUCCCCAAAUGCCCGAGGCUGAACUCACCUCCCACAGAGCUACUUUCAACUACUCUCUCAGUUGGUACAUCAUGGAGGCUUCUGUGGCAGACGGGCUUGAAUCACAUCUACUAGAUUUAUUCGGCGUUUUGUGGUGUAAGGUAAUAUACAGCACCCGGAUGUACCGUUUCCUGAAGUAUAUUGAGAAUCGCGAGAUCGCCAAACAGGUUCUAAUCGAGCGAGGCCUCAAGAAGAUUCGCAUCGGUAUUGAGGGCUACCCGACUUGCAAGGAGCGCAUGAAAUUCCGUGUCGGCUCGAGACCAGAAGCGAUCUACAACUAUGUACAGCGACCCUUCUUGCGCAUGUCGUGGGAACAGGAGGAGAAUAAGUCUCGUCACGUGGAUUUCCAGUGUGUGAAGAGCAAGUCAGUGAGCGAUCUCACCACCCUGGAUCAGGCCAUUAUCGAUCGGCCACUUUUGUCCUCCGUUGCUGCUGCCGCUGCCACUGGUGCCACCAAUGCACCUUCUCCCUCACAGACUACCGAUGGAGGUGGUGGGGAGGGAGGCAUCGGUCGUCUGCCGAAUCAACGUGAACUAGCUACAUUCUCACGGCCCGAACCCUUCCCUAAUGUCGGAAUGGGAGAACCAGGAGUUGAGCUUGAGGCAAACAUGAAUGCUGAUAAAUUUGAGUUGGUAGCUUUGUCAAAAGAUCUCUGGUUACCGUCGAGUCUCGAUUAA